CUGUCUGUCUGUCUGUCUGUCUGCAGUUCUCCGGUCUGUGUGGUGUUGAGGAUCAGAUGUUCCAGCGCCCGGGUCUUACCUCCACCCCCGUGUGUUCCCUCAAACACUCUGCUAACAGCAGCCAGGACACCUCCUGUCUGCACUGCAGCCACAGCAAGACCCAGCAGACCCCCUCAGAGAUCAGAGACCGGAUCAGAGUCAUGAUGAUGUCAGCACCUCAGACACCGACUCCUCUGAAGACCAGCAGAGGCAGCCACAUGGAGGGGUCAGCAGGCAGCACCAUGAGGACUGUGAAGGAUCCGGGGGUCGACUCCGACAGUCAGCAGUCCAGCAGCAGCUCUGAGGUGCAGGGAGAGAGUCUGCUGAUCCCCAUCAAGCAGGUCCAGAAGGAGUCCAUCUCCAUGUCCCUGAUUCAGGGGGAGUCCAGCUGUCUCCAAGAGAUUCAGAGAGAAUCUAACCCCAACCAGCACCAGGUCCAGGGAGAGUCCAUCUUGGUUCAGCAGGUCCAGGGAGAGUCCAGCUUGAUUCAGCAGGUCCAGGGAGAGUCCAGCUUGGUUCAGCAGGUCCAGGGAGAGUCCAGCUUGAUUCAGCAGGUCCAGGGAGAGUCCAGCUUGGUCCAGCUGGUCCAGGGAGAGUCCAGCUCUGUACCGGUCUGUGAGGAGUUGGGCUGCCUCUGGUUGGAGGGUCAGAUGGAGGUGUGGUGGUGUCAGCAGGCAGUGGGUGGCUCCCCUGAGAGUCCUGCAGACAGACCGACUCCCUUUGAGCUGAGCAGGGAGCUGCAGGAGGUGAUGUUUGGGAGAACAGACGAUCAGAAGAGUCUGACUGAGCAGGCCUGGCACUACGUGGAGCCCUGAUCCUCGGGCUCAGGUGGGUCUACUUGGGUCUGCUGGUCCUCCUCGGUCCCCCUGCUGAUCGCCUGUUUCAUGUCUUUGAUCCAAUCACAGGUGGAUCCUCCUCCUGAUCCUGACGUGGCGAAGAUCUGCACGCCGCUCGUUUAUCAGAACUACUAAGAUUUAAAGAUUUUAAAGGUUUUAAGAUUUAAAGAUUUUA